AUGUCUUUCCUGCUUCGCCUUACGCACACCACUGGCAGCAACCUCAGGCUUCAGAGAUCCAUCUUCACUCUUCCGGACCUGUCGUCCUUCUCCCCAUUUUCAGACCCUCGGGGAAGCAACGAGGAACCUCAAAGGUACAACGAGAGGAAGAUUCUUCCUUAUACACCGAGCCAGCUGUACGAUGUAGUUUCCGAUGUGAACUCGUAUCCUCACUUCUUGCCGUUUUGCACGUCAACGCGGAUCUUGAGUCGUUCGCCUGCUGCUCCAUCCACAUUAUCGGCGUCCUCCCAUUCCCAGUCCAUGGAAGUGGAACUUACUGUCGGGUUUCUAUCGUUCAAAGAGACAUACAAUAGUCGCGUAACGUGCAGACCCAACGAGUCAGUCGAGGUUGUAGCAUCGACGUCCACUCCACUGUUCAAUGCGUUAAAUACGAUGUGGCGUUUUCAGCCAGCCUCUCCGCAAUCACCCCACCUCAGUGGCAGGCGUCCGCUGUCCACCCUACUCCCAUCUUCGCCUCAGACCGCAGAAGUUGCCGAGAAUGGACCUACAUUGGUGACUCUGGACCUAGCCUUCUCGUUCGCUAGCCCCGUACAUGCUGCCGUGUCAGCAGCCUUCUUUGGUCAGGUUUCGAAGAUGAUGGUGCAGGCAUUUGAGCGAAGGUGCAUGGAGCUUUAUGGUCCGGGUGAAAAGUAG